AUCACGCUACACCUUCACAAUGAAACAGGAAGCUGCACCAAAAAAAAAAAAGAAAGAAGAAGCAGCUUCUGUUCACAUGGCAGUUAGAGUCACAGCAAGUCUUUGCACUUUUAGAGAUCUACGGUGGAGCUUUGUGGACCUGGAGGCUGAAAAUAAUUUAAGAGACGCUGAUUUCUGGAAAUCAACCUACGUCUAUUUUCUACAUAAAAAAACCCUGAUCUGAAAUUAAACCAAAGAGUCCGCCAGAUCUGUCAUAAUGAACCAGACAAACUGCACCGACCCAGAAGCAGAGUUCCAGUACCACCUCUUCCCAGCGGUCUACAUCCUGGCCUUAAUCAUAGGCCUGCCAGGAAAUCUGGCGGCGUUGUUUGUCUUCUCCGUAAAGACCAGUCCUCGCACGGCCUUCGGUGUCUACAUCAGCAACCUGGCCAUGGCGGACAUCCUCAUCCUCUGCACGCUGCCCUUCCGGAUCCACUACCACCUCCACAGGAACAACUGGGUGUUCGGAGAACUUACCUGUCUCGUCACGGGGACGCUGUAUUUUGCCAACAUCUACAUGAGCAUCUGCUUCAUGACUUGCAUCUGCGUGGACCGCUACAUGGCCACAGUGCACCCACACACCUAUCUGAGGAUGCGGAGCCCUAAAUGGUCUCUUGUGGUGACUGUGGUGCUUUGGUGUCUCGGCGGAGUGGCUAUACUAAUCUUCAUCCUCAUGGGUCCGCUGGAAAGCGGGGAUGCCUCUACUGGCCACAGCUGCUUCGAAAACUUUGCCAAGAAAGAGUGGAACGAGCGCCUUAGGACGUACAGUAUAGUCAGCCUGAUCUUUGGCUCCCUGGUACCUUCAUUGAUCAUCCUGGUUUGUUACCCGCUGGUAGCCAACCGGAUUUCAACCAUCGGCACCAACACAGCAAAGAAAGCUGUGCGGGUCAUCUACACCAUCUUGGCCAUCACGCUGCUCUGUUUCCUGCCCAACCAUGUGGUCUACCUGCUGCACCUCCUUCAGCGCUUAGAGGUCAUCCAGAGCUGCUCCAUCAGAGCUUUCAUCUACAACGCCAGGCGAGUUACCAUGGCGCUCGUUACCCUCAACACAUGUCUGGACCCUGUGCUCUACUACAUGACCACCAGCCACUUCAGGUGGGAAACCUUGAAAAGGACAUGGCUAUGGGGGAUAGUGAGUAGGAGAAGGGGGGUCUACACCAUCUCUGUGACUUAAAUGGACAAAGGCACCUUCAACCAAAAAACACAGAGCGUAACCCUUAAAAUGGUAUAAAAACAUACCGUUGAAUAGUUAUAGAGAAGUGGCAGGGACAGAUGUGAAAAUGGAUUUGUAUAAAAAUCUGUAUAUAAUUGCAUAUUGGUUAUCUCUACUGUCUUUGUAAAAUGAAUGUAACAUACUAAAGCCGAGGGCGGAAAGGGCUGGGAGAUAUGUUAU